AUGCUUAUGAUUUCCUCUAACAGAGUACUAUCUCAGCAUGAUGCUCAUCAUAGAGUAGACAAAACACUCUUAGUUGUUUUUCCUUUUUUUUCGACUUGGUCUUAUAUUCACUGGUCUUUAAUUAUGUUAUUUAUAACUUUGCAGUCUAUUAGUUCCGAACCCAUAUCUCUCAAGAUAUACAGUCCUGACGUCUUCAAUCUGACACUAGUUGAUCUUCCAGGAAUCACAAAGGUUCCUGUGGGUGAUCAGCCAGAGGAUAUUGAGGCUCAAAUUUGCCAGCUUUGCCUUCAAUAUAUUAAAAAUCCUAAUAGCAUUAUAUUGGCGGUAACUGCGGCUAAUGCGGAUAUGGCAACUAGCGAAUCUAUUAAGAUAGCAAAGGAAGUAGAUCCAGAAGGCCGAAGAACUUUGUGUGUCCUGACAAAAUUAGAUCUAAUGGACCAAGGCACUGACGCCCAUGAUCUUCUUCUGGGCCGUGUGAUUCCCGUAAAACUAGGUAUAAUUGGUGUGGUUAAUCGGUCUCAGGCUGACAUCCACGCUGGCAAGAGCAUUGCAGAUGCACUGCGAGACGAAGCCAGCUUUUUGCAGAGGCGCUAUCCGUCUCUGGCCAACCGAAAUGGUACACUUUUUCUAGCCCGAACACUGAAUAGGGUAAGUCAUGCUUAUCACGAAUAA